AGUACGAAAGUGAAGUGGGGUAAAUUAUAAAUUGAGAUAAAGGGAAUUGUAAAGAUAAGACAUAAUUAUUGUUAACUUAUGUGUUCGAUUAAACUGUUUUUCUUGGACUAAUAUUAAUGUUCAAACACUUUAUUUAUUGUUUGAAAAGACAACUUUUAUUUAUUUUGGAAAAUAAAGAUACAACUUAUUUAACGAACUGUUUAUAAUAAAAAAGUACCAUGGCUAAUCGUACAGGACACUUGUUAAUAAAAUUUCGUGAAUUACUUAAAAUGAAGUAUUUAGGGGAUACAAUGCAGGGAUAUAUUGUUUUGUCAGAAGAUGCACAUCAAAAUGAAUAUAUUGCUCCAUGUGAUGGCCGUCGAGCAUACAUUACUGGUUUUACAGGUUCUGCAGGCGUAGCUCUCAUUACACAAAAUGAAGCAUUACUUUGGACUGAUGGACGAUAUUUUGUACAAGCUAGUCAACAGCUAGAUGAAAACUGGACAUUAAUGAAAAUGGGAUUACCUGAUACCCCUACUCUAUCUGAAUGGUUAUCAAAAAACAUGAAAUCUGGUUCCAGAAUAGGUGUUGAUGCUAAUUUAAUUACUUACAGUGAAUGGAGGAGAAUUAAUAAAGAAAUUAAGUACAAGGGAAUUAAUUUAGUUCCUCUUGAAACCAAUCUUAUAGACCUUAUGUGGUCGACUCGCCCAGAAGUUCCAUCAAAUCCAGUAAAACCUUUAAAUAUUCAAUAUACUGGAAAAAAAUGUGGUGAAAAAGUAGAAGAAGUUCGACAAAAAAUGACUGAAAAAAAUGCUACUAUUCUGUUAAUUACUGCACUUGAUGAAAUUGCUUGGUUACUUAAUUUAAGGGGAUCAGAUAUUACUUACAAUCCAGUAUUCUAUUCAUAUGUAGUAGUCACACAUACAGAUGUCCAUUUGUUUAUUGAUGAAAAAAAACUUGAUAAAUCAGUACCAGAACAUUUUAUUAAUGAAAAUUUGUUAGUAAAUAUUCACUCAUAUGAAACAAUACGUACUUUUUUUAAUGACAUAUUGGCAUCUGAUAGUAGUAAAACUGGUAAAGUUUGGGUAUCAGAUAAGUCCAGUUAUAAUCUAGUUACAAUUGUUCCAAAGUGUAACCGUGUAUCUAAGCCUACUCCAAUUCCACUAAUGAAAGCCAUAAAAAAUGCUGUAGAAAUAAAAGGUUUAAUAAAUGCUCAUAUAAAAGAUGGUGCUGCUUUAUGUUCAUAUUUUGCUUGGCUAGAAGAAAACAUAUCACAAGGAAAUUUAACUGAAUUAUCAGCUGCUGAAAAAUUACUAUCAUUUAGAAGUCAACAAGAAAAUUUUGUGGGAUUGAGUUUUGAAACUAUAUCUUCUUCUGGUCCUAAUAGUGGAAUCAUACAUUAUGCUCCUACUCCAGAAACAGAUAGAAAAUUGAGCAUUGAUGAAAUGUAUUUGUGUGAUUCUGGCGGUCAGUUUUUAGAUGGCACAACUGAUGUAACGAGGACAUUCCAUUUUGGUAAACCAAGUGAGUAUCAAAGGGAAUGCUUUACUAGAGUUUUCAAAGGUCAAGCUAACCUAGCCAUGUCUAAAUUUCCUCAUAAGAUUUUAGGCAAUUGUUUAGAUUCGUAUGCUCGCAGAUUCUUAUGGGAUGUUGGAUUAGAUUACAUGCAUGGUACUGGGCAUGGUAUUGGUGCUUAUUUAAAUGUUCAUGAAGGGCCUAUGGGAAUAUCUUGGAGAGAAAUACCUAAUGAUCCUGGCUUGCAACCUGGCAUGUUUUUGUCUAACGAACCUGGAUAUUAUGAAGAAGAGUUUGGAAUACGCAUUGAAGAUAUUGUAUUCAUAAAAGACGGAACAACUAACUAUAAAAUGCCACAUAGACCAUUUUUGCAGUUUGAAACUGUAACUAUGUGUCCAAUUCAAACAAAAAUGUUAGUUAUUGAUUUACUCACAGAUGAAGAGAUAAGUUAUUUAAAUGACUAUCAUAAGAAAUGUUUAGAAGUAUUGAAACCACUUUUACAACAAUCCGGAGAUGAAAGAGCCCUCAAGUGGCUAGUAAAAGAGACUAAGUCAAUAAAACGAUAAAACAUAAAUUUUAUUGUUAAACAUUAAAGUUUAUAAAAAAUGUAUGUUUUGAAAUUUCACCUAUAUAAUAAACUAUUAACUAUC